AUGCCGCCACCACCGCCAGAUCCAAAGAAACUCGCACUCAAACUCGGCACGGACGGCCCUCACAAAGUCCUACCAACCCCUCGCAAGAUCCAGGUCCUCUUCAAUGGAGCGUAUAUCAUCAAGACUACUAAGGCUUCGUUCGUGUGGGAGCAUCCGUAUUAUCCGCAGUUGUAUUUCCCGAGGACUGAGUUGGAGAGGGAGGAGGCGGCGUGUGAGGGGUUGAACGUGGCGGAGGGGGAGGAGUAUGCCGAUGACAACGGGAAGGUGAUUGCCAAGCAACUCAUCCUCUCCAUCAACAACAAAUCCAUCAACAACGUCAUUGCCUGGGAAGAGGAUCUCCCUACCAAAGCAGCGGAGCUGAAGGGAUUGGUUAAAAUCGACUUUGCCAGUGUGGACCAAUGGUUCGAAGAAGACACCCCCAUCUACGUACACCCCAAGGACCCAUUCAAGCGCGUCAACAUCCUACAAAGCACACGGCACAUCCGGAUCAAAGUGGGCGGGCAGGUUGUGGCGGAUACGAGGAGUAGUAUGCAUCUUUACGAGACGGGGUUGCCGGUGAGGUAUUAUUUGCCGUUGACGAGUAUCGAUCCCGGGGUGCUGAGGAAGAGCAAGACGAGGACGCUGUGUCCGUAUAAAGGCGAGGCGGAGUAUUAUAGUGUGGAGGUGAAUGGGGAGGUGUGGGAGGAUGUGGUGUGGUAUUAUACUACGCCGCUCUUGGAGAGUGCGAGGAUUGAGGGACUGUGCUGCUUCUACAAUGAGAAGGUGGAGAUUGAGCUGGAUGGUGAGAGGUUGGAGCAGCCUGAUACGCAUUUUGGAAGGCAUAAGCCGAGUGAUAAUGUUAAGCCUAGUGCUGUUUAG